AUGGUCGCACCGCCUUCACACAUCUUUGUCGUCCGACAUGGAAACCGCCUAGAUGCCGCGGAUAAGAAAUGGCACCUCACAUCCCCGACUCCCUACGACCCUCCGCUGACGUACUCUGGCCUCAAACAAGCCCGACAAGUCGGCAACUACAUUGGCAAUGUCCUCGAACAGGUUAAGCUCGAGCACGAAGCGAAAAACGAGGGUAAGCCCGGCUUCAAGCGCAGGCGCUUCAGAAUCGUCAUUCACACCUCGCCUUUCCUUCGAUGCGUCCAAACUUCUGUCGGCAUCAGCUCCGGCCUCGCCCAGCUCCCCGCCGAAUCCAUAUACAACCCUUCCGACGUCAUCGUCCCGCCACAUGCCGCCAAGGGCCAGACCAACAAGCUCAAGACUGCUGUUCUUCGCAUAGACUCGUUCCUCGGGGAAUGGCUCUCUCCGGAAUACUUUGAAAUGAUCACCCCGCCCCCCGGGCCUGCGCUCAUGCUGGGUGGUGCCAAAGCCGAGCUGCUGCGACGCGAAGACUACAGCUUUUACAGCUUCGACGAGCCACCCCCGCCGCCCCAGCCCACGCAGAAGCUCUGGCAGUCACCCAAGCUGCAGCCCGUCGAUGCGCCGCAGUCACCUGCCGAGGAGAAUGGCAGCCCCAUCCUCGGCGUCGCGUCGCUGGCAGCUGCGCUUCCCAGCAGCACAGCUCCUAAAAAGGGCUACGUGCCCCCGAGACCAAGUCCCGCCGUUCCCGGCGCGGGCAGCAUACCCGAGGGCAUCGUGGCCCACGCGAGAGACACUUGCGUCAGUGUAGAUUUCCAAUGGGAUUCGAUGCGCGAGCCGCUCGACUUUGGUGACGGCGGUCAACUCGGCGAAGAGUGGAUUUCGAUGCACAAGCGUUUUAGAAAAGGGCUGCGGAAAAUGGUCAACUGGUACGCUAGCACGGGCAACGCUGCGGAAAUGGUCACGACGAUGAACGCGGAAGGAGAUGACCACUCCCUCGACGCCACGGACGAUGAGGAAAUAGAGACUGUCCUGAUUCUCGUAUCACACGGUGCCGGCUGCAAUGCUCUGAUGGGCGCCAUUACCCACCAACCCGUCCUCAUGGACGUCAGCAUUGCCUCCGUCACCAUGGCUCAGCGCCGGGGUCAAAUUGACUACGACCAACUUCGCAGCGGGAUGCUCAAGGAACCAGAGGCUCAUCCCCUUAUUGCGGUUGACGAUCUCUACGAGAUUAGAACAUCUGCCACCACAGAGCAUCUACAGUCUAGCGUCUCUACGCCCAACUCGGCGAGAUCCGUCUCGGCCAACAAUGCUUGGAAUCCGCACGCGCGCGGCCGCACGUCCACAUUUAGCGCCGGCAGCGGCGCCGUCAUCAGCCCAUUCACCUACAGCAGCGAUGCUUUUGCCAUUGCCGAGACGCCUGCCGCCAACGCGAACCCUCCCAGCGCCGCGGUCGAGAAGAUGGCUCGCCGGGAAUCAUCACAAAAGUCUAUCCGAGGCACGUUCAACGGCGCCGGCAACAUAAUUGCAGCUCGCAGCAAGAGCACCAGGAGCAACAGCAGCUCGAGCCUGAACAACGAAGUCAAGAUCGGGCGCCCCUCGAGCUCCAGCAGCAACGCCGUUGGUCUAUGGGCCCCGGCUCCGUCGUCUCUCCGGCUCAUGGACGACAACAUUGAUGAAGACUCGAACCCGUUUGACACGGUCCUUCCCAACUUUGGCAGCUUCAGCGCCGCGCCGCCGCCACCACCCGCCGAGGAGAAGAAGAUGACGUUUGCGUCCGACUUUCCGUUUCCCAGCUACAGCACCUCCUCUGGCGGCCCCGUCCAGGCGCCAACGCUGUUUGGCGGCAGCUAUGGCGGCGGCGGCAGUGGCGGCGGCGUCGAUUCGCCCUUGACGCCAGGCACACCCAUGUUUUCCGGCCCCAUCAAGCUGCAAACGAGCCUCGACAAUGAUGACGUGAUUCUCCCGCCCGAGGAGGUCAUUGCCACGCCGCUCGGCGGCGCGCUCGGCGGGCUCUGGGGCCGCCCGCCACCGCCCAGCGACGCGGACAAGUUUCGCGACAUGAGCCAUACCAAGAGACGCUGGACGGUUAAUGAACGGCCGCUCUAA